AUGCCACCUCCUGUAGUAACUGCCACAAAUCCUGGACCUCCGAAACAAACGCCUAUGCCUGCCCAGCCAAUGCCCAAUCCCAAUAAUAAACCUCAGCAGCCUGCGCAUCUUGCCGAAGCCAACCAGUAUCAAGCUUAUGCCUUAAACAUUAAUGACAUCCAUUUGAGGUCUGGAACUACUUUACCUACUCUAAAACCGCCUCGGAUUACUGAAAUAUCAGAUCCUCCCCAUGAAGAACCUACUACACCUAUUGUUCCUACUGAGCACAUGCCAAUAACAGAUACUCUUCCACAACCACAACCACAAGCCCUUAUGCCACCUCUUGUAGUAACUGCCACAAAUCCUGGACCUCUGAAACAAACGCCUAUGCCUGCCCAGCCAAUGCCCAAUCCCAAUAAUAAACCUCAGCAGCCUGCACAUCUUGCCGAAGCCAACCAGUAUCAAGCUUAUGCCUUAAACAUUAAUGACAUCCAUUUGAGGUCUGGAACUACUUUACCUACUCUAAAACCGCCUCGGAUUACUGAAAUAUCAGAUCCUCCCCAUGAAGAACCUACUACACCUAUUGUUCCUACUGAGCACAUGCCAAUAACAGAUACUGCUGCUGCAGAAUUUCUGAGAACCCUUUCUGAAGGGGAAGCCACCGUAUGGGGUCUAACGGUUGUUACAACUGAAAACAGAAUUGCAGAAGUAACUGGGCUUCCAGCUGUUGGAGAAAACUUUUCUUCAGAUGCUGCAGCAGCAAGGGCAGAAGGGUCCCCAGAAUUUGACCCUCGUUCUCGGAAAAGGCAAUGCCCUUCUCCUGCAGCACCUUCCCCUGCAGCUGUUUCUCCUACAGCAACGCCUGUUGCUAUUUCUAGUUCGUCAUCAUCCUUUGGUAGGGCAAAGCCCUCUAAGCAAACAAAGAAGAGGAAAACUACCGGAACACCUCCUGCAGUCGCAUCAGCGCCAAGAAGGAAUGUGUCCGAAAAUGCUGCCCAGAGUUCGAUCGUUCCUGAAGUGGAACAAGUUGUUGAAGAAUGA